AGACAGAAGGGCUGAGGGAAAGAAAGCGUUUCCAGGUCAGCUCAAACAUGGAGAGAGGAGCCGAGAGACAAAGGGGGGAUGAUAGGGAGGCGCAGGAGGACCCGGUGGAGAGGCAGUGGGGCGAAGCAGAGGUGCUGGCUCUGGUAGCAGCGUGGGAUGAAAUAGGAACUCAGCACGUAGCAGAGAACAGAGUCACAUUUGAACUGAUCUCAGAGCGUCUGAGGCGGCUCAGCGUUGUGCGCACUUGGAGGGAGUGUCAGGCCAAGAGCAGGAGCCUGGGACUUCCCAACAGGAAGCCUGACGCAGCAGGACCCAACUACAGCCCAGGGGUGGAGGGCUGGGAAGAAGGAAAGGGUCUCCGAAGACGAAGCUGCCCUUCCUCUGCCCCAGUGCAAAUGCAGGAAGGGGUCAAAGGUCGAAGCCGCCCAAGUCUUCCUUUUACUCCAAAUAUGGCUGAGGAGGGAGGCCGCCACUGGACAGACGAUGAGGUGCGCGCGCUCCUGUGCGUCUGGGCCGAUCGAAACAUUCGGGAGCACCUGAAGAGCACGCUGCGCAACAAGUGCAUCUUUCAAGAAAUAGCGCGGCAGAUGCAGAGGAAGUUCGGGGUGGUGCGCAACUGGAAGCAGUGCCGGACAAAAUACAAGAACCUCAAGUACGACUACAAGACGGCCAAAAGUGCUCACGCAGCCACAGGCAGCAGCGUGGGAAGCCCCGGCAAAUACAUGAAGUUUUUCGAAGAGGUGGAGGCCAUCCUGCUCAAUAGAGGCCUGGAAAAUGGGAUGGAGGAAAUGAGGAGCAGGUUGUAUAACGGAGAAGUGGGAGAAGAAAGCCUGCAGAAGGCAGACGGCACCACAGCGCAGAACACAGACAAGGAGAUAGUGAUAGAAAUCGAUGACGAUGAUAACAGUGUUGAUUAUGAAAUCGACGGAGACGCAGACGAUCAAUGGAGAGAGGUCCACUUGCCCCACACGGAUUCCCCCGGCUCCGAUCAGAUUCACGUGGUCACAAUGUCAGACACAGGCCGAAACUGGAGCGACCAAGAAGUCCGGGCGCUGGUUCAAGUCUGGUCUGAUGAGCGAAUAUGCAGGCAGCUGGAGAGCUCCACCAGAAAGAGGGACAUCUUUGUCCAGAUCUCCAACAGGUUAAUGCAGCAAGGCAUCGAGCGCGACUGGAAACAGUGCCACACCAAGUACAAGAACCUCAAGUAUCUUUACCGGACCCUUCAGAGGGGGAAGACGGACGAAGCCGACCUGAGAAGCAACAUGAGGUUCUACGAUGAAAUAGACGCCAUAAUGAAACACUCCUUGAACGGGGACGCAGGAGCCGUGGACGCUACGAACCCCGUCACGGCGCGGCAGGGCUGUGAGGACGACCAACGGGCUGAGGUGUGUUUGAGGAACCCAGGAGGAACGGACGACAAAACCUGCAGCUCAGAUUCAGUCUCCUCCACAUUCAGUGAAGUCGGGAAAACCGCCAACCAUCUGCAGCUCCAUCCAACCAACAGAGAGCACUCUGAGCCACUGCACAGAGACACAAGGAUUCCUGACAGAGAGACGAGCUCCUCGGCCAACAGAGGGCUGAAGAGGAAAGCUGCAGAUCAAGACUCUUCGGCCCACGUUGUUCCGAAAAAACUCAGCCCCAGACUUGAUAAAGCAGAGACCCGCUGCAAAGAGGAGCCGGACCUCAUCCCAAUAAUAAAGAUCAAAUCGGUCUGCUCCAUGGCCAGUCCAGCUGCAAGAAGACCGGAGCGUUGGGGAUCCUGCAGCGCCAUGGCCUCCACUCCAGAGUUAAACAUUGGGGAGAAGCUCAAUGAAGGGAAGACUAAGCAGAUCUUUGAAAUCGUGGACCAACCCGGCCUGGUCCUGGUCCAGUCCAAGGACCAGAUCACCGCCGGGAACGCAGCGAGGAAAGACCAAAUGGAGGGAAAGGCUGCCAUGGCCAACAAGACGACGAGCUGCGUCUUCCGACUGCUGCAGGAAUCUGGCAUUAAGACUGCUUUUGUGAAGCAGCACUCGGACACGGCCUUCAUUGCAGCCCACUGUGAGAUGAUCCCCAUUGAGUGGGUGUGCCGCAGAGUGGCGACCGGCUCCUUCCUUAAGAGGAAUCCUGGAGUCAAAGAGGGCUUUCGUUUCUCUCCCCUGAAGAUGGAAAUGUUUUUCAAAGACGAUGCCAACAAUGACCCCCAGUGGUCUGAGGAGCAGCUGCUGGAGGCGAAGUUUUGCCUGUCUGGGCUCCCGAUUGGCCGGUGCGAGGUGGACAUCAUGAAUCGCAGCACUGUGGCCAUCUUUGAGAUUCUGGAGAGAGCUUGGGCCACUCAGGACUGCACUCUGGUGGACAUGAAGAUCGAGUUUGGUGUAAAUGUGAAAACCCAGGAGAUUGUCCUCGCUGAUGUGAUCGACAACGACUCGUGGAGGCUGUGGCCAUCGGGCGAUCGGAGCCAGCAGAAGGAUAAGCAGGUUUACAGAGAUUUGAAGGAAGUCACCCCAGAAGCGAUGCAGGUGGUGAAGAGAAACUUUGAGUGGGUGGCUGAAAGGGUGAAGAUGCUGCUGGAGCCCCAGGUCAGCGGCAGAGUGGUGGUUCUGAUGGGUUCCACUUCAGACAUGGCUCAUUGUGAAAAAAUCAAGAAGGCUUGUGUGUCCUUUGGGAUCUCCUGCAGUUUGCGGGUGACCUCCGCUCACAAGGGUCCAGACGAGACUCUCCGCAUCAAAGCAGAAUAUGAAGGUGAUGGCAUUCCCACUGUUUUUGUGGCUGUAGCUGGCAGGAGUAACGGCCUCGGGCCCGUUAUGUCCGGAAACUCCACCUAUCCUGUCAUCAAUUGCCCGCCUCUCACUCCUGACUGGGGAGCACAAGACGUGUGGUCGUCGCUCCGCAUGCCGAGCGGUCUCGGAUGCUCCACCAUCCUUUCUCCUGAAGCUGCUGCUCAGUUCGCAGCACAGAUCUUUGGCCUGACCAAUCAUCUGGUUUGGUCCAAAGUUCGGGCCUCCAUGCUCAACACCUGGGUGUCUCUCAAGCAGGCAGACCAGAAAUUACAGGCCUGCAGCCUCUGAUCGGUUAAAGAUCCAUUUAUGCUGUUCCUGUUACAGUUGACGACACAUUCCAUUAAAAGAGAUGAUUUCAAA